AGCAAACGUCUGUCUCUCCUCUUUCUGUUCACCGCACGCUCAAACCAACCCCCCUUCUCCUCUCUCUCUGUCUCUCUCUUGCCAACCUCCCUGACCUUCAGUCAUGGCCAUCGACUCCGCGAUGCCGUCUCCGCUGGGCCCGCCGGCUUGCGAGAAGGACGCGAAGGCGCUCCAGUUCAUCGAGGAGAUGACCCGGAACGUGGACUCGGUCCAGGAGAGGGUGCUCCGGGAGAUACUGAGCCGGAACUCGGAGACCGAGUACCUGGGCCGGUUUGGGCUCGGCGGUGCCACAGACCGCGACUCCUUCAAGGCCAAGAUCCCCGUGGUGACCUACGAGGACCUCCAGCCCGAGAUCCGGCGCAUCGCCAGCGGUGACCGGUCCAACAUCCUGUGCUCUCACCCCAUCUCUGAGUUCCUCACCAGUUCGGGUACUUCGGCCGGAGAGAGGAAGCUGAUGCCGACCAUUCAAGAAGAGCUGGACCGUCGCCAACUACUCUACAGUCUCCUCAUGCCGGUUAUGAACCUUUAUGUGCCCGGACUGGACAAGGGCAAGGGCCUCUACUUCCUCUUCAUCAAGGCGGAGACUAAGACGCCGGGUGGCCUAGUGGCGCGCCCGGUGCUCACGAGCUACUACAAGAGCGACCUCUUCAAGACCCGCCCCUAUGACCCGUACAAUGUCUACACGAGCCCGAACGAGGCCAUCCUUUGCGCCGACUCCUUCCAGAGCAUGUACACCCAGAUGCUCUGUGGCCUCCUCAUGCGUGAGGAGGUCCUCCGCGUGGGCGCUGUGUUCGCCUCUGGCCUCCUCCGUGCCAUCAAGUUCCUCCAGCUCAACUGGCAGCAGCUAGCCCACGACAUCGCCACUGGCUCCCUAAACCCUAAGGUCACUGACCCUGCCAUCCGGGAAUGCAUGUCCAAGAUCCUAAGCCCUAAACCGGACCUCGCCGAGCUCAUUCAAAAGGAAUGUUCCGGGGAAAAUUGGGAUGGGAUCAUAACUAGGAUUUGGCCCAACACUAAGUACUUGGAUGUGAUUGUGACUGGGGCUAUGGCUCAAUACAUACCAACCCUAGAGUAUUAUAGUGGUGGCUUGCCCAUGGCAUGCACUAUGUAUGCAUCAUCCGAGUGCUACUUCGGGCUAAACCUAAAACCCAUGUGCAAGCCCUCAGAGGUCUCGUACACGAUCAUGCCGAACAUGGCCUACUUCGAGUUCCUCCCCCAUGACCCGUCAGCCCCACCACUUUCCCGGGACUCCCCUCCCCGGCUCGUCGACCUGGUGGAUGUUGAGGCCGGGAAGGAGUAUGAGCUCGUAAUCACAACCUAUGCAGGCCUCUGCCGGUACCGGGUCGGUGACAUCCUCCAGGUCACUGGGUUCCACAAUGCCACUCCGCAGUUCCGCUUCGUGCGGCGCAAGAAUGUGCUCCUGAGCAUCGACUCGGACAAGACAGAUGAGUCCGAGCUCCAGAAGGCCGUGGAGAGCGCGUCAGCACUUCUCCGCGAGUUCAACACCAGCGUGGUCGAGUAUACGAGCUACGCUGACACGAAGACCAUCCCAGGGCACUACGUCAUCUAUUGGGAACUGCUCGUGAAGGAGCCAACCAAUGCGCCGGCUCACGAGGUGCUCAACCGGUGUUGCCUCGCCAUGGAAGAAUGCCUCAACUCGGUCUACCGGCAAUCCCGGGUUGCAGAUAACUCGAUCGGGCCUCUAGAGAUAAGGGUGGUGAAAAAUGGUACAUUUGAGGAGCUCAUGGACUAUGCAAUCUCUAGGGGUGCUUCAAUCAAUCAAUACAAGGCACCAAGAUGUGUGAAUUUCACGCCUAUAGUGGAGCUUCUCAAUUCAAGGGUGGUCUCGGCGCAUUUCAGCCCUAGUGCGCCGCACUGGACCCCCGAACGACGUCAUUGACCGGAUGAGGACAGCGUUCAGAUCUAGCCAGAUCGACCGAUAAAAGGGAACAAGCUUUUGCUUCUGUCUCUGCCGUAUCAUAUCUCUUUUGUGCUGGAUAUCUUCUUAUCUUUUCAAAAGUGUCUCUUUAGCUUAUCUUUUGAAUUCCCCACGUUCUGUGUGUUGGUGCGGAAUAAUAAGUUCAGUUGAUCUGGGCUAAUGAUGUAACUGUCAAGGUGGUGUAAGCCUCAAUGUUUGUUCCGUUUUGUGUCGCUCUGCCUUCGCUUUUCUCUUUCACAAAAGUUGAAGACAGAGACUUGUGAGAAGGGGCUUGUCAUGGAGGUGGGACGGUAAUGGCAAUCGUUCCAGAUUUGUGGAA